AUGACAAUUGAGGUUCGCUUGGUGGACGACAUCACGGCUUCCAUUAUCUCUGACACAACCUACUACGCGCUUUUGAUUCCUUGCCUUAUCCCAGUUUUUAUUGUUUUUCAUUUCUUUAUUUGGCUUGGUCACGAAUUUUUUAUCAAAGAUUAUGUCUCGUCCAUUCUGAAGGAAAACGUUGAUGAAAUAUUGACGCUAGAAGAUGUCAAAGAAGCUGUAGGGGAUCACCUCCAGAGCUAUGUUGAAGAGUUAUGCAACGAUGGCUUAAACAGAACUUGUCUGCAAUUACUUCAAUUUCUUCAUGGAGAGAACCUUCCCAAAGCAGAAAAACACGGGGUCACCACAAAAAAACUUGAUCAAGCUGUAGACAUGGCGGCUGAAAAUCAAAACUUUGCUGAAAUGGAAAGCAUCUGGAAACUGCAAGCUAGGGAUGUGCCAACAUCUGUAGAUAAGAAAAAGCUUGGGAAAGUUGAGAACCGAAUAGCACAGAAGGCUGAGCAACGCGAGGCGGAACCGGUUGUCCGAAAGAAGAGACCGGAGUGCACCGCAACCGCUUCCCAGGCCCCCAUAAGAGAUACUGGAGCACGUGGAGCAAACACAAAGGAUGUGAAAUUGGAAAGUGUGGAUAUAUCAAUUGGCACAAAGCAGCUUCUUUCAUCCGCAGAUUUGACUAUGGCAUACGGUCGCCGUUAUGGCCUGGUGGGCCGUAACGGUAUUGGAAAAACAACGCUUUUGAAGAUGAUUUCAAGUGGUCAACUGCGUAUCCCAUCCGGAAUAGCAAUGCUUGCCGUAGAGCAGGAAGUAGAAGGUGACGACACACGUGUAGUAGACGCUGUGUUAGCUUCUGAUUUUCGAAGGCAGACUAUGAUAGAGAAGGAACGCACACUGCAGGAGCGGCUGAACAAGGAGAACAUAUCCGAUGCAGAGAAGAACAAGUGGAGCGAUGAGCUGUCCAAGUUGUACAUAGAAAUGGAAAACUUACAAUUGGACAAGGCACCUGCUCGAGCUGCUUCCAUUCUUUAUGGUCUCGGAUUCACACCUGACGAACAAAAAAAGCCUACAAAGGAAUUUUCGGGUGGAUGGAGGAUGCGUGUUGCUUUGGCUCGUGCCCUUUUCGUUAAACCCGACCUUCUUCUUCUCGAUGAGCCCACUAAUAUGUUAGAUAUGAGAGCAGUUUACUGGUUGGAAGGGCACUUACAGCAAUGGGAAGGUACUAUUCUGACGGUCUCUCACGAUCGGAAAUUCCUCAAUGAGAUCUGCACAGAUAUUGUCCAUCUACAUACAAGGCGGCUUGAUCAUUAUAAGGGGAACUAUGACACGUUUGAGAAGGCCAUGAAAGAGAAACUGACGCAACAACAACGAGAAUAUGAGGCUCAGCAGACUCUUCGACAGCACACCCAAGAGUUUAUUGAUAAGUUUCGGUAUAACGCGAAACGUGCUGCUAUGGUUCAGAGCAGAAUAAAGAUGUUGGAGAAAUUACCUGUAUUGCAUGCAGUGGAACUUGAUGCGGAUAUCACAUUCCGAUUUCCGGAAUGCGAAGUCCUGAAUAAUCCUGUUUUGCAGCUUGAUGAUGUUUCAUUCAGGUAUAAUGACAAUGCACCGUUCCUUUUCCGCAAAUUAAAUCUUGGUACUCAUGCGAAUUCCCGAAUCUGCAUAGUUGGUGAGAAUGGAUCUGGUAAAACAACUUUAUUAAGACUCUUACUCGGUGAAUUGAACCCAACAGUGGGUCUUCGUAAUGUGAAUCGACGGAUUCGUAUAGGGUAUUUCACUCAGCAUCACGUAGAUCAGUUGGAUAUGGAUAUGACUGCCAUAGAAGUACUUGCCCACAACUAUCCAGGGAAAUCUCAAGAGGAAUAUCGCACAGCUCUAAGUCACUUCGGAUUAACUGGUGAUAUGGCGCUGCAAUCAGUGUAUACGCUUUCUGGAGGGCAGAAAUCCCGACUGGCUUUUGCGAACAUUGCUAUGUUGAAUCCGAAUUAUCUCAUUCUCGACGAGCCUACCAAUCAUCUGGAUGUCGAAACAGUUGCAGCUCUUGGAACAGCCUUGAAUAAGUUUGCGGGAGGUGUUGUGCUAGUGUCUCACGAUGAGCAACUUAUUGAGAUGGUAUGCAAAGAAUUAUGGGUGGUCAAAGACAAGAUGGUGGUGAAUCUCGAAGGUGGCCUCGAGGAGUAUCGUAAACAAGUUUACAAACAGCUGCAACUCGUUUGCUAA